AUGGUAACAAAAGAAUCCGCAGAAGAAAGAUUUAAAAAACUCAAAGAAGACCAGAGCAAUAAUGUUUGCUUUGACUGCUGAAAGCCAAACCCAGAAUGAGCUUCAGUCAGCUAUGGGAUUUUUAUUUGUGAAAAUUGUGCAAUCAAACAUAUUGAGCUUGGGCUACAUCUGAGCUUUGUGAGAAAAAUUGUGAAUGACCAUUGGAGCAUAAAGCAGCUAAAAAUGAUGACUGUUGGAGGAAAUUCAGCCCUGGCGAGGUUUUUUAGUAUAUAUCAUAUGCCAGCGGAUAUGGAAAUAUCUGUAAAAUAUAGAACUAGAGCAGCUCAAUAUUAUAGAGAGAUGCUGAAAAAAAUAUCUGAUGGAAGAAUCUACCAAGCAGAGCAGCCAAGCUUAGAGCAGGGUUUAUUAAUGGUGAAUGAAGAAGAAGCUAAGUCUUUUUGUGUAGAAAAUAAUGAAAGAGGCUUUUCUUGGAAAGGGACUUUCGAUUCUGCAAUUUCAGCUGCAAGAUCUUUGGGAGAUAAAGUAACUAAUAAAGUCAAAGAAAUGACAGAAAAACCUACUGUAAAAGAAUGAGAAGUCAAAACUGUAAGCGCGCUGUCUAAACUAGAAAGCGGGGUUAAAGAAGGGAUAACCAAAACAAAAGAGUGAAGCAAUACUCCAAUGAUCCAAAACUUCAAGGAAAACACAAAAAGCAUGCUUGACAAUAUAAAAAACAAUGUCAAAAGAAAAUUCGAAGGGGUUUCUACAAGAAGAGAAAGCGAGAACAUCUUUCAGUGUCCUCCAGAUGAUGCAAAUCCUCCCACUCCUCCAGACUAUGAAAAAUUAUAA